AUGUCAGUCACUUCCUCCGCUGGGCAGAGUAGUAAGGCAAACGGAGUUGAUGCGUACGACAGCGGAGAUGAUUGGGAGAUCGGACUCGGCGAUCUGAUCAUCGACCUGGAAGCCGAUUUGGAAAAGGAUCGCCGGAAAUCGGAGAUGAAUCGCAUCUUGACCGUAAAAAGCACCGCGGACGAGCUGCCGUUCGGCGUCGCCGCGGAAAGCGCGAGCGCCGCGUUUGAUGGCCUCGCGAGUCCCGCAGCCGCUUUCUGCACGGAGGUGAGGAGAUUCAAAGAGAAGAGGCGCAAUUCAUGCGCGAGCGACGGCGGCGACAAAUUGCGGUCGCCAGACCCGCCGCCGCGCGCGCUUCCCAAAGUCUGCAUCUCUAAGCGGCGUGAAGCUCAAGGACGCCCCGGAGAGGCAUUCGAAAUGAAUCCGUGUGAUGCAAGCGCUCCUUGCGCCAAAGGCAAAGAGGGCAAGAGAGGAAAACAUCAAGGCAAAGGACUUAAAAAAGAAAAGGACUGUCUGCGGACGCGUAAAGAGAAGCACGGCGACGCGUUUGAAUUCGAGAAUGCUCGUGCUUUCGGGAGGAAUGAAGAGAGCGCGUGCUAUUGUGCAAACGGAGGAGCGGCGCUCAUGGACAGGGACGAAAUGGACGCAAAGGGGAUGAGGGCUAGUGCUUUUGUUGUGGAGGAGAAUGCAGGGAGCUGCGAGCGAGAACCCAGCCACAAACCGUUAAGUAUAAAAACCAGGUCAGUGGGGACCAAUACACAAGAGGCUGAAAGAGCUGUUGAGUCAAACUACAUGGAGCCAUGUCAACCAGGAACCAGCGUAAAUCUGGAAGGGAUUGUGUGGCAUGAAACAGAGGAGGGGGUCCUUGUUGUGAAUGUGACAUGGAGAAAAAGGACCUAUGUUGGAACUCUCUUAGAUUGUACAAAGCAUGACUGGGCUCCUCCUCGGUUUUGUGAGUCUCCGAUGAGCGAUUCUGAAAUGACAUGUGGUCGUGGACGUGGUAAACGGAUGAGACUGGCAGUGUCCGAUCAGGCUGUGACAGAGCCUGGUCUCUCCAAGAUAAGAGGACUGACUCAUAAGAGACGUGGUGUGGGAAUAGGCAACAAAGGAAGACGGGGAAGUCUAAACUUUAGCAACUGUAGGACACCCGCAUACUAUUCAGUAGAGGACAUUAAGUCGACUUCACUUAUGUGUGGAAAACGGAUAAGCAAAGCUCCACCUGAUCUAGAUUUGACCUUAGUUUCUGAGGACAUUAGGAAUGGAAAUGGGAAAAGAAUCCGCCCCAAAUCUAGAAGUGCUCCAUCUACUCCACAGGGGAAAUCUGACCCAGUGUUUUUGGACCAGGUUUGUGCCUCUCCAAUGCUCAUAGACUGUCCACAUCCUAACUGUAACAAGAAAUACAAGCAUAUUAAUGGUCUUCGGUAUCAUCAAUCACAUGCACACUUGGACAGCAACAGCAAACAAGAGUUUGAGGCAGAGAGUGAGGACAGACUUUCUGAUUAUGAAGAAUCACUCAGCAACAUGCCCCUUGACUCGUGUGAGAAUGUCGAUAUUAUUUCUAAGAAGCCACGGACCAUGUACAAGCUAAAUUCCACUGGAUCUUUAAAGAACAGAAAGUUAUUACUUACAAGUGAGCACAGUCCCUCAGCAAACUCCAAGCAACGGAGGAAUAUGAUAGGAAAAGAGGGACCCACUGAUGACCUAAACAACCUGCCACUUAUUUCAAACAUGUCUGUAGUCCUUGAGAACUGUCUUAUUGCAGAUCGUAACUCAUCUAUAGAGAUGCCCAAACUUGAAGCUGAGGGUGUCAUUGAUAAGAGGGAAGUUAAAAAAGAAAAUGGUGUGGCCGAACGGUGCUCAGCUAAAACAAGGACCAACCGGUUUAUUGUUUCUACCCCUGCACCUCCAAAGCUUAUUGCUAUUCCUACUUUUCCUAGUAAAGUCACAGAUGGCUCCUCUCAUCAACCUUCACCAUCUGUUGCUCUCACAAAGACAAAGAAUCUUUCACUGAAACCCAUCAAACCAAAAUUGGAUAUUGUUGCACAAGUUAAUAUGGCAAAUACAGCCAUAGCAAUGAGCAAAGAAAAUAGGAGAAAGGAGAAGCACAGGCUAAAGGACAGGAAUUAUAAAGAUUCUAAAAGUCCAAAAGUUGAUCCUCCUUUCAUGAAAGCAGAUGACAUAAAAGGUAUAGGAAAGGACUUACCAGUUAGCUUGUUAAAAGAGCACCUGAGCAAGCAGGAUGUUGUUAACGGUCUUAAUGAAACUCAAGAAAGUCGAAUGGCAAGUAUCAGAGCUGAAGCUGAUAAGGUGUACACGUUUACUGACAAUGCACCUAGUCCCUCUAUUGGGAGCUCUGCAAGGAUGGACUCUGGUACCCUUUCAAACUGUGACAGUAGUACCACCAAGACCAACAGUCCAGCAUAUUCAGAUAUAUCAGAUGUGGCAGAGGAUGGUGGAUUAAAUUCUAGAUCAAGGAGAAACUCAGCCCCUGAUUCCAAUCUGAAUGUAAAUAUCAAUCCCAAGAUUCCAAUUACUUCUGUCACUACAGCCAUGGGAAAAGAAACUCAGGCAUCAACUCACAGUCAUGGCUAUGAAUCUUAUGGUCUUCCAGGUUACAUGCACUCUGGACAAGGAAACACUGCUGCUUUUUUAAAGGUUUCAACACCUUAUGUGAGAACUAAGGAGGAUGUACGAGAAUUAAGCGAGGACCUGAAAACCUCAGAAUCAAGUGCUGAUAACAGCACUCAGUCACAGCUUCAAAUGGCUAUAACACAAACACAGACUGCUUUAGCUCAGUCCUUGUACUAUGGACAGUAUGCUCGUAAUGCUCCUAUAGAUCAGAAGGUUUUGAUUGUUCCAAACAAUCACAGGCAGCAAAAUGAGACAUGCUGUGAUGAUGUGCAAUGCAGCAAACAUAGCAGAGUCCCACAGAGACGUGGACCUGAGCAGAAAGAACGAACAAAAGAGGAUACAAAACAGAUAAUCACACCAUCUGUGGCCAUUCAUAAGGGAACAAACUCAGUUAAAAUCAGCUCUGCAAAACCUGGUUUCAUCUAUGUAGAGUUGGACAAACAGUUGUCUCUUCAGCAGGCUCAGGUGAAGUCUUCUGUUAUGUCAAUGACAAAAGACCAGGGGCUUAACAAGGAGUCUGAAGACUUCAACUCAGAAUGUCAAAAUGCAAAAACAAAUGUGGAUACAAAUGUAACAUAUCUAAAUGCUUCAGAAUCACAGUCCUGGAGCCACUCAUUUCAGUCCAAAUAUGUGAAGCAGCAAACUCAAGAGGUAAACAAGAUCUCUCAGGAAAUAGGCACAGACAAGGGGAAAGACUGGCAUGUGUCUCCUGAGCCACAGCCGAGAUUGGAAGCUGAGCUACAAAAUGUUCAUUGUGAGACACCUUCUGAGGACAUCGAGGAGAGUACCAGAGCAGAGGUUGAAAAGGCACCCAGUGAAACUCCUGAAAACCCACAAAGCACAAGAGUGGCUCUGUCGUCUUCUCAGCAAGCAUACAUCCAGUACCAGCACUCUUAUCCAUACCUACAUCUGUGUGAGACGAAUAACACGUCAUUCAGUGUGAUGUCACCAGCGUUGGUGCACAACUAUCCAGGUUUUCAUUACCCAAUGUAUGGAAAGACACCUGAGAGAGAGGAUGCAAGUGGGAUUCAGCACAGCAAGACAGUUUCUGAUCCCACAGACCUUGAGCUGCUACCGCAUCACAACCAUUCAUACCAUGGAAAAUGUCCUGUGCCUGGGGAGCCAGGAAUUACUGAACAGGAGGACAGGGACACAGAGCGUGAUAGAGAAACUGUUCCAUUUGCUCACCACCUUCACACACAUCAUCACACUCAUCUGGGCAUGAGCUACUCUCUUGUGUCAGGGCAGUAUGACCAAUUUCAAGGUGAAAAGAAAAGCUAAACAAAUCCUGGUACCAGAUAAUAUUUAGAAAAAAAACAUAAAAGCUGGUUUGCUAGGUGUGAAAAUAACGAUAGUUGCUCAAAGUUUCAGUUUAACCAUCCUUAAAGGUCAGAAUAUAGUAACCAUGUGUGCCAGUCAGCAAGUGGCAACCAAACAAACCACUUUCUGAAGUAUGUAUGGUUGUAUUGUCUGACUGAAUAUAGCUGCUGUCUGUUUAGUAGAUGUUACUGAUUAUUCAUUUUACAACUGCAGAGAAUGAUGGAAAGAUAUGAGUUCAAACUAUAUAUUCCUAGCUCACAAAAGGUUUCAUAGACAUCAAUACCAUGGUGUUAUUCAUUGCCUCAAUGUGAGGCUACUUUCAUUUUUUAAUGAAUGAAUGUAACAUUAGAAGUACAAUGCAGUGCUACUAAUAUGAAAUUCUGUAUAGUUAUGUAAUGGCAUUACCCUAGUGAGACAAGGUUUUGUAAAAUAUGCUAUUUGCUUUUGGGUGCCUGUCAUAAAUGACAAACAUGUAAAUUUUACCUGUAAUUAUUCUGCCUGUAAAUGACUACAUCUAGCUGGUAGAAUGCACAUGUAUUGUUGUGUACCAUGAUAUUGAAUGUAUUUGAUAUUUUAUAACCUCUAUGUGCUAAAGAAUGAUUUGCAGUAGAUUACAAGUGACUGUAAAGUGGAUCUGUCUGCAUUAACCUAUAAACAUGAAAUUGCUCUGGCCAUAGCCAUUAAUCAACUGUAUUGUGUUCAGUGAAAAGAGUUAAUCAACAUGUCUCAGUGCCAUAUAGUACUAUUGUGAUGUAUAUUUUGUACAUAGUUUAACAAGCAAUCAAUACUAACUUAUGUACAGUUGUUUUCAGUGCAAUGUAUGGUUGUCUAUCCAACCUCACUUACAUGGAUAAAGUAGUACCCUUUAUUACUUGAAUCAUGCUGCAUUACCUAAAUAUGUUUACAAGCACAUCUUUGGAAAUAUAUGAUAGUGUUGUAGUUUGGUUCAUCGUUUCAGUCAUGAGGUUUUACUUAUUGUCAACUAUAUUGUACCAUGAAAUUAUGUUGCUUUUUUAUACUGUUCUUGCCUUAACUUGU